AUGAACGUACCCACGACGGCCGAGCGCCGUCGCUCCCCGCUGCUGCUGCUGCCGCCCAGGCUCCGAAGUUCCGACGGGGAGGACGGGGAGAUCGACGUCCUGGGAGAAGAGGAGGAGGAGGACGACGGGGAGGAGGAGGAAGGAGCGGGGAGCCCCCGGUGCCCGGGGCCGAGGAGCCCGUCGGACGGCCCGUCGGAGCCCGGCGGCGGGUUGCGCUCGCCGAGCGGGCGCGCCGCGGGCCCCGGGGCCGCCGCGCCGGCCGCCAAGCCCCCGUACUCCUACAUCGCGCUCAUCACCAUGGCCAUCCUGCAGAGCCCGCAGCAGCGCCUGACGCUGCGCGGCAUCUGCGCCUUCAUCAGCGGCCGCUUCCCCUACUACCGCCGCAGGUUCCCCGCCUGGCAGAACAGCAUCCGCCACAACCUCUCCCUCAACGACUGCUUCGUCAAGAUCCCCCGCGAGCCCGGCCACCCGGGCAAGGGCCACUACUGGAGCCUGGACCCGGCCUCCCAGGACAUGUUCGCCAACGGCAGCUUCCUCCGGCGCCGGAAACGCUUCAAGCGCCACCCUCCGGCCCCUCCCUUCCCGCCGCCCGCCGCCGCCGCCGCCCUGCCCGGCCUCCUCCCCCCGGGCCUGGUGCUGCGACCCCCGGCCUCCGCGCCGCCCGGCUCGGGCAGCUGCCUCGCCGCCCUUCCCGGCGGCCGCGCGUGGGGCGCGCUGCUGCCCGCGCCGCCCCUGCGCUGCCUGCUGCUGUCCGGGGCGCCCCGGAAAGCGGAGGGGGCGCCCGUGGGGACCCGCGGCGCCCUCCCGCCCCCGGCGGCGGCCGGGCCGCCGUCGUUGGGAUGCCUGCCCUGGGAGAAGAGCCCCGGCCGGGCGUCCGGGCCGGCCGGUGGAGGCCCCUCCUUCAGCAUCGAGAGCAUCCUGCGAGGAGUCCACGGCGGCGGGGGGAUCGGGGCCGCGCAGACUCUGUCCCCGGCUCCCUGGGGGAGCUACUGCCCCCUGCUUCCGCGCCCGGCCGGCCUGCUGCACCCCCAGGCUGCCGCCCCUUUCCUGCCCCUGUCCGCCGUCACCGCGGCGCACCCGAUUCUGCAGCCGCAGCCGCGCGGUGACGGCCGCGCGCCCAGCAAAGGCUGCCCUCGGGGCGGACCCCGGGCGGCCUCCGCGGGCGCACCCGGGACCCCGCCGGCCUUCUGA